AUGACAAAAGCAGAGGAAUGCGAAUAUGUUGGAGCAUUCUCUGAGACUGAAUUAUUUUCGGAGAAGAGAAGACUGGAAAACAUCAUAGACAAUUGUGAUGCCACAUCUGGCUGUGUUUACGAUUGUUACACUGAUACAGCAGACUGUUAUGACACAGCGGACUAUACUUGCAUGUGUUAUGAGUGCUUUCCGGGCCUUGAUGAGGCCGGCGCUUGCCCAGCUAAGAUAUUGCAUGAUGCUAGACGGAAGCUUUUAUUAUUGUCAACACCUGCUUCCAUGAAACAUGUCUUCUCCAGCCCGAGCCUUGCCGCAUCGAAUGACUUUCUCAAGAACGAGCACCUAGUAUACAGCCACCGGGAGAUCUUAAGUUGUUUCAACACUUGGCACAUUUCACACCGCCCAAGCCUGAUAGAACUCCAAUUCACAGGUAUCUUCAUCAAGGAGGGUUGGACACUAGAUAUGCAUCUGGCAUUUUUGCUUUUAGUAGCAACAUCCUUAUUGGUUGUCAUAGCUGCUCAGUUCGUUUUCGGUUGGGAUACGGCAUGGACCGUAGGCGGCUUCUUCGUCGCUUUGCUUUCUCUUUGGAUGUUAGCAACUUCUAUAGUUGACUGA